UCCUUGAGGAUCUCUUUGCGUACAUCUGCUGGCAUUCGUGUUGGUGCAGAUAUUUGCCAUGUGCCUGUUCCAGGUCUUUUUGGUGCGCACGAGCCUUACCACCUUAUUGCUUUCAAAGAAGAUCCCGAAUCACGGCCUCAUCCAGAUGCUGAAGAAGAUUCAGUACCUGCAAUCCUCUUGAACAGUGCCAGGCACAAUCAGGUGAAACAUCAGGACUCUUUGUCGAGGAUCUCUGCAAGUAGUGGACACAGUUCGUGUUUGGAUGCUUGUGUGGAGCUGCAACAGAUGACUUUGCUCGUGGAUGUCGAUACAGAGCUUCAUGAUGUGGAGAAAGCACACCUGAACUUUGCGCGCCGUGAGGAGCAGGCUGAGCAAACGGUAGAUCCACCGUCAGCUUUGCAAUCGAACAUGCCCUGCUUGCGGAAGCUCGUGAAGCCAACAGAUUGGGAGAAAGUCCGCUCCAGCAUUGCCAGAUAUGUCGACAAUGCUUUACGCGAUCCCACGAUCCCCCCCAAGACCUUGAGGAAGAUGACUGUGAAGCUCCCGGGCCAUGGCGGAUAUCUUCUGGUAGAAGAAGCAAGCAUACACCAAAUUCCAGGGUCCAAGAAGAUCUGGGUGCUCUUGAAUGGUUUCCGGCCGGAGAAAUCUCGGCGUUUGCCAUCCUUGGAUGGAAUUUCCGAGGGAAUGCGCCAACGUCGGUGGCCUGUCGUGCUGGACUAGGGAUGUAAAUCUCCCGCCGUGGCAAAAGGUCAGGCAACCUGAAGCUUUCAUUCAGUCAUCUACAUUAUCCCAACUAGCAGCCAGAAUUCACCGCAGUGCACCAGCUUCACCAUCCCCGUCAGCAUUUCCCCUAGUAGAUUGUUCAACCCAAGUCCCGUAGAAAAGGG